AAUCACAUGUUGCUUUGUUAACUUGGAAGACGUCAAGAAACAAGGCGGUGCUCCACUUGAGGAAAGAGGGGUCAUAUCCUACACAGCAGCAUUACCUCCACCAGGGUGAAGCUCUGCCCGCCACACUGCCGUCUCUGCUGCUGGAAAUCACUGGCAGGAGUUUGCAGCUCUCAGCAGCAUGGAGGUAACCAAAGGAGAGGACCUCUCCGCCGAGCAGGCUGCAUCUUUGUUUGGGGCACCAGAGCUGGAGAGUCAAGGGAGCCACAAUGAACGGGGAAAGAAGAGGAAUUACCACUGUAAAGUUAUUACUGGGGUUCUGGCGCUGUGCUUACUGGUGGUCAUCCUGGCGGUGGCGUUGUCUCUGAGGAAGAGCAGUGAUGCCAAAGGUGAGCUCUGGCUGCAGGCAGGAGAUGUGGAAAUCCAAGAGCCAAAGUGUCCCCCUGGUUUCUCAAGGCCUCCUCUCAUCCUGGUGUCCUUGGACGGGUUCAGGGCUGAGUACCUGAAAGAUCACGGCAGCCACCUUCCUGUCAUUAGCAAGUUACGAAACAGCGGGACAACACCUCUCUACAUGAGGCCUGUUUAUCCCACAAAGACCUUCCCCAACCACUACAGCAUUGUGACUGGUCUUUACCCCGAGUCCCAUGGGUUAGUGGACAACAAGAUGUACGAUGUGAACCUAAAUGCUUCCUUCAGCUUGGGCACUGACGAGAAAUUCAACCCAAAAUGGUACCAAGGAGAGCCAGUCUGGAUCACUGCCAUGCAUCAUAAAUUAAAAGCAGGAACCUUCUUCUGGCCUGGCUCAGAUGUAAAAAUAAAUGGCACCUAUCCAAACUUGUUCAAGUCUUAUGAUAAGAGCAUUGCAUUCGAGCAGAGGGUGUCAACACUUUUUGAAUGGCUCAGUUUGCCUGAGGAGGAAAGGCCUGACUUCUACAGUUUGUACCUGGAUGAGCCUGACUCGUCUGGACAUCGAUAUGGACCAGGGAGCAGCGAGGUUGUUCAGGCUUUGAAAAAUGUUGACAGGAUUGUGGGCCUGCUGAUGGAUGGCCUGACACAGAAAAACCUGCACCACUGUGCCAACAUUAUAAUCCUAUCAGACCACGGAAUGGAGGAGGCUAUGUGUGAAAAGGCAGCCUUUGUGUCGAACUACCAAGACAAUGCAGAUACAUUUUCUGUCAUCCAAGGCCCUGCUGCUCGGAUCAGACCCACUCGCCUCCCAGAGACUUUCUUUUCCUGUGAGGACCUGCCUGUAACACCCUACUUCCCCUUGUUCCCAGUCGUGCAGCAUCACUCAGUGUCACUUUGUUUGACCGCUGACCAGCCAAUGAGGCCGUUCCUCAAAGAGAACCUCCCCAAGAGGAUGCACUUUGCCAACAACCAACGCAUCGAGAGAGGACACCUCUAUAUGAAGCAGGGGUGGCAGGCUGCGCUCAAUCGCAAGGAGAUGAAGUACUGCAGCGGUGGAUUCCACGGCUCAGAUAACCUUUUCACCAACAUGCAGGCAAUCUUCAUUGGCUACGGUCCAGGAUUCAAAGAACACACUGUUGUGCCCCCCUUUGAAAACAUUGAGGUGUAUAACCUUAUGUGUGAUCUCCUCGAUAUUCGUCCCUCUCCAAACAACGGGACCCACGGCAGCCUGAACCACCUUCUGAAGCAUCCCGUCUACCAGCCGGUGCACCCAGCGCAGCUCUCACAUGAUGACACCCCCUGUGAGGCCAGUGACCCCGUCCCCACUGAUGACCUCCAGUGCUCCUGUGCAUCCCAGAACAAGGUGGCGGAGAAGGAGUUUAACAGAAAUCUCAUGGCAAUUAGUUCCAGUGAUAAAGCCAGCUUACGCCGCCUCCACCAUCCCUUUGGCGUCCCCAGUGUCAUCCAAUUAGACGCCAGCUUUUGUGUCCUCCACCAGUCCAGCUACCUCAGCGGAUACAGCAAAGACCGCCUCAUGCCCCUAUGGGUGUCCUACACCCUCAACCCUCUGACCACAGUCCGACCCCUGAGCCUGGAGUUCGAGGACUGUGUUCGUGCUGACAUACGAAUCCCACCGGCCGUCAGCCAGCUGUGUUCGCGCUACAGAAACAACCCCACUCUGUCCUUCGGCCUGCUGCAUCCCCCCAAUCUGGAUACCAACGGAACAGAGACAGACUCUCUGAUCACGAGCAACAUGGCACCAAUGUUCCCUGCAUUUAAAGGUGUGUGGACCCACAUACAUGAGGUUCUGCUUCGAAAGUAUUCACAACAGCUGAACGGAGUCAACGUUAUGAGUGGGCCGAUAUUUGAUGCAGACUAUGACGGAAACGUUGAUCCACUCAAAGCAAUCUCAGGGAAUGAGGCUCCCGUCCCGACACACUUCUUUGUGAUCCUGACGAGCUGCAGGAACUCGACCUUCAGCCCUGGUGGCUGCAAGGGUCCUCUACGUGUCAAGUCUUUCAUCCUGCCCCACAGACCUGACCACACGGAGAGCUGUGCUAGCGGGUCGGACUUGUCAUGGGUGGAAGAUUGGCUGCAGUUUCACACGGCGAGAGUCCGAGAUAUCGAGAUGCUGGCCGGACUCAGCUUCUACCACGACAGGUUAUCAGUGGAGGAGACGCUUCAGCUGAAAACAUUGCUACAGACUGCUUAAAAUCAGAGACUUAAAAGAAAGCUUUAAUUUCCAAAGGAAGCCAUAACGGUCUGCACAACAGGCCUCCGUCCACAUGGACACAGUUAACGGGUGCAUUCGUUUUCUGUGUUAAAACCAAAUUGAUCUGACAUUAAGCUCCAUCCAGGUUUUUUAUGUCUGAUUUCAAAAAUGUAGCAUAACUCCAUGUGUGGAAACUGUAUGUUUGUUUUUGAAUAAUGUUUUUAUAAAAUUGAACCAAAAAGCUCUGAUCCAAAGACGCCGCCACAUCUGCUGAGUGGCUCCAAAGUAUUUCCUCAAAUGGGAACAAAAUAAAAGGGAAAUGUUUAUUGAUGAAAGAAGAAUUUAUUUAUGGAACACUUGCUUUUAUUGGCAGGGGCACUUCAGGAAACACGAGACAAUCUGGAAAUAAUUCUUGUCUGCUGCCACACAUCUGGUUAUACAGAAAACACCAAGAGAAUUUAAGAAAGAAGUUUUAGUGUGUGUGUGUGUGUGUGUGUGUGUGUGUGUGUGUGUGUGUGUGUGUGUGUGUGUGUGUGUGUGUGUGUGUGUGUGUGUGUGUGUGUGUGUGUGUGUGUGUGUGUGUGUGUGUGUGUGUGUGUGUGUGUGUGUGUGUGUGUGUGUGUGUGUGUGUGUGUGUGUGUGUGUGUGUGUGUGUGUGUGUGUGUGUGUGUGUUUCAAGUUCCUCUUCGUGUAGCUUUCUAUGUUUUUCUGUUCAUGUUAUCUCUUUGUUGCAAUGAUGUGUCUCUUUGAAGCAGUUGUGCAUCUCGUCAUGGUUGUUUUUGCAUCUGUAUACUUUACAUCUCCCGAUCAUUUUUACUUUUUUAAUCAUUUACAUUUUCUUUUUUUCCUGUAAUUGUGCAUCUCUUCAUUGCCAUUUUGCUUUUAUUGACAUUCUGCAGGUCAAGCAUUACCUUCAGAUUUGGCUGUUGGUUGAAAAACUUCAGCUGAACUCAGUAUUUAGUAAACGCUGGAAAUGAGAAGCUAUCUGUCCCCUGUAAUCCCAGUCAGUAUUUAAAUUUGUGUACUCAAAAUCAGAAUGAGAAUUUACAGCAGUGCUUAACUGGCUGUAGCGUGGCCUUAAGAGUAAUCGUGUGUGUGUGUGUGUGUGUGUGUGUGUGUGUGUGUGUGUGUGUGUGUGUGUGUGUGUGUGUGUGUGUGUGAUAUUAUUUCCUGGGAUCAACACAUUUUCUGUUCAGUCUUAUUUUUGCUCUUCCCAGUGAAGUUCAAGUCUGCAGGUAUUUUGUGAAAAAUAAGGAAACUUGAAAUAGAUUUUUCCCUCAUCUGUUGCAGCUUUUCUUACUGUUUUCAGAAAUUGCAACUACAGUCAAAUACACAGUUUCAUAUAAAAACUCUUCUACACUGAA